UUGUUUUCAGUGAAAGGAAUCAUACACAAUGUUCUGCUACCCGGUGGCCAGACAGAAACCAAUCCGAUCUCAGCUUUAACUGGCGGAAUCCUAGGAAAUACUAGGCCACAAGGCAGAGCGGCAGAGCAUAACAUUGCCGCUAGAAGACCGGAAUACUACGAUUACGAGGCAUAUGAACCAGAGGACGCUCACUACAUUUCAAGGGAAUAUGGACGUUAUGGGCAUAACCAUCGAUAUGGAACGGAUUAUGUUGAUUACGGAUAUGGCUAUCCAAAACAAGCUGGUCCGUAUAUUGCACAUCGAUCACAUGUACUGGUCAGACCUGGUCCAAGGAUGCCUCCUGAACCGGCACCAUUCCCUGGAAUGAGAAUGCCGAUGCUUGCAUGUGCUCAUAUCAACUCACGGGCCAUCGGUCACUCGUUUAGGAUCGCUAUGCCACUCAAGUCACUGGGUCCCUUGGUGCGUGAGGCAUUGUUCCCUCAGUUGAACCGACUACAUGGCUUAGCUAAGGUCGUCUAUGCCCGUCUCUGCCACAUGUUCAUCAUCGACAUCGACUCGCGACUGCCGUUUUACAUCCGGUUCUAUAUCUAUGCACUGCACGGCCUGUUCAUCGAGAUCUUCUUCACCGCCAUCUGGCAGCUACACGGAUUGACCAGUCUGUGGGCGGCGAUCAUCUACGGUCUGUCGAUUCUUUUCGGUGAACAGCUGUAUGUUCGACUGCAGAAUCGCAUGAACAUUUUUCUUCGCGGAUUCGUAUACCUACUAUGGGCGUAUGUCUGGGAAUUCUGGUGCGUACAGCUAGAAUUAAAUUUAGUUCCUAUUUCGAUUUGUUUUAAUUAUUUCCAUUGACA